AUGGCCCUCCAACAACCACAACAACAACAAGCCAACGUGGCCGAAAUCGACCAACAACUAGCCUUCUUCCAAGCCAUCCCCUGGUGCGCCUCCCACCUCUCAGACACCCCCACACCAGUCAUCCGCCCAUCCCUCUCGCAGCGCCGCCGCAACGCCCCCGGGGACGUCUUCUUCUCCCACACGCUCAACGCGCCGGGGGCCAUCCCAGCGCUGGUCAACUUCCACGCGCCCCCAUCCGCGCACGUCGUCGCCGACCCCAAAGGCCCGCUGGGCCCGGAGCCGCUCAUCAGCCGGCUCCGGGCCCUGAUCGCGCUCGGCCCCAUGCUCAACGGCUGGGCGGGCGUCUGCCACGGCGGCAUCGUCGGCACCCUGAUGGACGAGACGGUCGGCCAGCUGUUCGUCGCCAACCAGGACCACGGCCUGCUGCCGCAGGACGUGCCCGUCAUGACCGUCUACCAGAACAUACGCUUCGUCAAGCCCGCCCGCACCGGGACUGUGCAGAAGCCGGCCGUGGUGCUGGUUACCGCGCGGGUGGUGAAGAGGGAGGGGAGGAAGUUUUGGUUGGAGGCGGAUGUGCAGGAGGAAGGGGGGGUGGUGCUGGCGAGGGCGGAGUCGUUGUUUGUGACGCCGAGGUCGAUGUUGUAG